AUGGCACAGAAACCUGAGCCAGUGAAAGUGUUAUACUGCCCAACAUGCUCUCUCCCUGCAGAGUAUUGUGAAUUCGGGCCUGAUUUCGAGAAAUGCAAGCCUUGGCUGAUCAAAAACGCCCCUGAACUCUACCCUGAUCUCCUUAAAGAGGCUAAUGAAAAGGAGGCCGAGAGGGUUUCUGAGCAACUGCAAGCAGUUGGAAUUUCCUCAAGUGGUGCUGAUGGGGCAGCUUCUGUUCAAUCAGGAGAGACAUCAUCAUCUAAGCAAGAAGAAGUGAAAAGGCUUCCAGGUGGCAAAAUCAAGAAGAAAGUAAGACAAGAAGUUGUGAUCGAAAAGGUUGUUCGCAACAAGCGCAAAAGUAUCACCAUUAUUAAAGGAUUGGAACUAUUUGGUAUUAAAUUGAGUGAUGCUUCCAAAAAGCUUGGGAAAAAGUUUGCUACUGGAGCAUCUGUUGUUAAGGGUCCAACAGAGAAGGAACAGAUUGAUGUUCAAGGUGAUAUUGCUUAUGAUAUUGUGGAAUUCAUCACAGAGACUUGGCCUGAUGUUCCUGAAACCGCCAUUUACUUCAUUGAAGAUGGGAAAAAGGUUCCAGCUGCUUGA